AUGGGCGUACCGGCCUUGUUCAGAUGGUUGUCGAAAAAAUACCCCAAGGUCGUGGAGCAAGUUAUCGAGGACGUGCCGGCGCAAAAUGCAGUCGAGGGAGGUACGGAGGAAGUGCCAAUCGACAUGAGUCAAAGAAACCCAAACGGGAUCGAAUUUGACAAUCUGUAUCUCGAUAUGAAUGGUAUCGUCCAUCCUUGCACUCACCCUGAGGGUAAAAAACCACCAGAGACCGAGGCAGAAAUGAUGAUCGAAGUUUUCAAAUACACCGAGAGAGUCGUCAACAUGGUCCGACCUAGGAAGCUAUUGAUGAUCGCAAUCGAUGGAGUGGCGCCCCGAGCAAAGAUGAACCAGCAACGUUCGCGUCGGUUCCGAGCAGCUCAAGAAGCGAAAGUCAAGGAAGAAGAAAAACAAGCUCUUAUUGAAGAAUAUAUACAACAAGGCAAGGAACUCCCGGAGGACUAUAAAACCAACAAGAAAGCUUGGGACUCGAAUGCGAUCACUCCGGGCACGCCAUUCAUGACCCUGCUAACGGAAAGCUUACGAUAUUGGAUCGUCUACAAGAUGAAUACCGACAAAGGCUGGAGUCAAAUUCAAGUCAUUCUUUCCGACGCAUCAGUUCCUGGAGAAGGGGAACAUAAGAUCAUGGAUUUUGUGCGUCGACAGCGAACUCAGCCAUCCUAUGAUCCCAACACGAAACAUGUAAUCUAUGGAUUGGAUGCAGAUCUUAUUAUGCUAUCGUUGGCAACACAUGAACCUCAUUUCAAAGUUUUGCGGGAAGAUGUUUUUGCAGACCAGAAGAAAGGGAAAGGUUGUUACACCUGUGGUCAACUUGGGCAUCACAGUAGUCAAUGUCAAGGCAAACCGAAAGAAAAAGUAGAUGAACAUGACACCCAACAAAAACCCGUUGAAAGGAAACCAUUCAUAUUUCUAGACGUCGGGAUUUUGCGCGAAUAUCUGGCCAUAGAAUUGAACAUCGGUGGACUACCGUUCCCAUUUGAUCUCGAACGUGCUAUCGAUGACUGGGUAUUGCUGAUUUUCUUCGUCGGAAAUGAUUUUCUACCUCAUCUGCCAAGUCUCGAGAUUCGAGAAGGUGCGAUCGACACUCUGCUUAAAAUAUGGAAAACCAAUCUUGGCCGAAUGGGCGGGUUCCUGACCGACUGUGGCGCGUUGAAUUUGAAACGCACGGAAAUUAUCUUGGAAGGACUGGCGGCACGAGAAGAUGAGAUUUUUCGCAGACGUAGAGAAGCCGAGGAGAGGCAAGAUCAGUCCGCCAAAAGACGUAAAAUUGAAAGUGACAAUCGGGAAGCUCACAUCAAAUCAUCAUCCACCAGUCAGCACCAGCCUACCUCCAAUGAAGGCAACCCCCCAACCCUCAGCUUGCCCCCAAAGCCAAACUUCUCGCUAGGAAACGUCGGAUCUACUAUUCCAGGGCUAGGCGGCACCAGCUUAUCUAUGAUGAGUAAUGCGGACGUAGUCAAAAAUCGAUUUGCGAUCAGGACGGCUAAUAUGGAUGCCGCUGCCAUGCUGAAAGCAGAACUGAGCGGAACAUUAGAACUUCCGACGCCUGCCGCCAGCGGUGAUAAUGCCGUGACGCCCAUGGAGACUUUGGAUGUGACGAAACCCACGUCCAACGUUCUACUCCAAGCGCAGGACUCGUCCGAUGUCAUCCAACCUGUACCGACUACCUCGCAAGGCAAACCAUCCGAUUCUGUCAAUGACGGAUCGGCAGAUGCAACAAACGCAAAUGAUUCUUGCCAUGAACCUGUAACCGGCCCUCCUAACGCGGAUACCGAUCCAACUAUUAAACCAAACACGCCAGGUCAAAAGCGUAAAGCCGAUGAGCUUGAAUCUGCUGAUCCGGAAAUCGGCGCUACCGAAGAUUCGGCCGUAUUGUCCGAAGAUGACGAUGAAGAUGAAGCCCCCGGAGACGUAUCCGUUUUCGUUCCCGGUGAGCCUAGUCGACCGGCCCCCUUGAAAAUGCUCGGUAACAAUAUGGUCGAGCAAGACGACACAGUCAAACUUUGGGAACCGGGCUACCGCGAACGAUAUUUUAGACAAAAGUUUGGGAUCGAGUUGAAUGAUGAAGUUGAAAAACGAAAAAUAGUCAAACAUUACGUCGAAGGCUUGGCAUGGGUACUGGCUUACUACUACCAGGGAUGUCAAUCUUGGCAAUGGUUUUAUCCUUACCAUUAUUCUCCGUUUGCUUCUGACUUUACGAACUUGGAAGAGUUUGAAAUCAAGUUUGACCUUGGACAGCCAUUCAAGCCAUACGAGCAACUCAUGGGCGUUUUCCCAGCUGCCUCAAGAUGCCAUAUUCCCGAGGUUUACCAUGAACUGAUGAUGAAUGAUGAUUCGCCGAUCAAAGACUUUUAUCCUGAGGAUUUCGAAAUCGAUAUGAAUGGGAAAAAAAUGCUGUGGCAAGGGAUCGCACUGCUGCCGUUCAUCGAACAAGAUCGAUUGUUAAAUAAUAUGAAGGACUGCGAAAAUAACUUGAAAGCUGAGGAUAAAAUCAGAAACGAACCUGGCCAUGUGGUUAUGUUUUGUGGCGAAGCUCAUCCUCAAUAUGAAAAUUUUUGUAAAAUAUACCAAAAACGAGAUAACAAGGAAGCCGUGACACUGGAUCCUGCGCACGCAAACGGAGUCUUUGGCUCAGCAUUGCCCGACCCAGAUUGCAUUCCAGGCUCGACGUUUUAUUCGCCACUGCCGACUGUUGGGCUGCCCGACAUCUCGAACGACAAGUCGAUAUUCGCUCGGUUUUUCGUCCCAUCGCAACUAGUUCCUCACCGGAGUCUACUGCUAAGUGGGGUUACCUUGGAACGACCCACUCUGAAUAAUCAUGACCGAGACUUGACUCGUCGGGGUGGAAAUCAAGCGCAUGGGGGUAACCAACACUACGGGAACGAUGGCUUUCAUCAACAGCGGAGAGACUUCGGGGACGGGCCAGGAAUCAUGACGCAUUAUCCUAAUCAUAAUUCCAACUCCGGCGGGGGUGGCGGCUACUGGAACUCCAACCGAGGACCUGGUAACCAUUCCCAGUACCAACAACCUCCUCACCAAGGGUAUGCAAACGACUACAGGAACCCAGGACCGCCGGCCACCAAUCAUCGCGGUUACGCCAACGGCCCGGCCCAUCAUCAUCCCAAUAGCUAUCCACAAGGAGGUCACUAUGCGCAGAGAGCGCAGCACGCAUUGCCUACAAGUUUUGGAUCCACCAAUGCGAGAGGCGGAGGCGGCUACCGGCCUCCUUACGGCGCGCCUCAGCCGGCCUACUAUAACGCGCCCAUGAACCAUAAUAAUGGCGGGCACGUUCCACCGGUCAGGUACGGCGGCACAGGGGUUGGUGGACUGCCUCAACACACCCCAGCGGCCUCUUUUCCCAACCCAUAUCCUCCCCCAACUCAAUCGGCAACACAUUAUUCCCGAGCUGGGUACCGCCCGCCGGGGAUCACCCCCGCCGUCACUCGAACGGUGCCCAACUACCCUCCUCGUGCCGCCCAACAACCCUCUCGGCCUCCUUACAAUCACUCAUCUGGCAAGUAA